GAGAGAUGUUGCAGCGACGUUUAGAUGAUCGCAGCGCAGUGGUCACCAUAAUUCGAAACUCGAACAGCAUAACUUGUAUUCCAUCUCUUUCCACAACUCCUAUACAGGAUUAUUUUGAUAUUAACUACGGAACGACAUAAUAUAUUCAAAGACAGGAAAUAAAAAUGGACCCCAACUCCAUUAUGACGCCUGCUACAGGCGCAAUCUCGUCGCGCUUCGAAUCCCAAUCAGCCAUCGAUGAGGCGAGAGAGAACAGAAAGAAGGAAUGGGCCGAGGCAUACGCUAGAAUUGGCCAGGAGCCGCCUCCCGAGGAGCCGGAAACUGACUAUGAUGCCCGUACUCUCUAUGAACGAUUACAAGCACAAAAGGAGUUGAAAAAGGAGGAAUGGGAUUCGAAGAUGAAAUUAUCGAACCAAUGGCGAGGACUCAACGCUGAUGAACAACGAUUCCUUGCGGAGAAGGAAGCUGAAAAGAGGGCGGAACAGAAAAAGCUGGAGGAACGUGAAGCCGAGGAGAUGAGAGCAUACAGAGAACGGUUAGCGGCGAGAAAUACGUCUCAAACAGAUGCUUCGCCACCCACUGUGGCAGCAGUAGCUAAAUCUGCCCCUCCGAAGAAGAUUCCCUCUAAAGAUGUCAAGAAAAAGGACGUGAAAUCGUUAAUGAAAGGUGUGGUGGUCAAGAAGAAGGCAAAGCUUCCUGCCGCACCCUCUGCGGAUAAACCCUCUACGGCGCCUGAAGCUGCUGAAAAACCAGACUCAUCGUCUUCCAAGCCCUUAGAAUUAGAAGCGAACAACAAAACCGGGACCAAGAGGGAGGCGCCAAGCGACGUCGCAGACGCCGAGGAUGAAAAGAGACAGAAGCUGGAAGAAAACAAGGCAUAAACGAACGAUUUGAUACAUAAUCACCUUACUGUUGUAUUGCAUUGUGCCAGGCAGAACAUAUGGCUCUAGCGAAUCUGUACCGUUAAUUAUCCUAGCCGACUAGUACCAAGUUUUUUUGCUUUAAGCAAUAAAAUCUGCCUCUUCAGGAUGCAAUUAUAGAGUAACUAAAAA